UGGAAAAACACAUACAAUGCGAGGCUCAACUUCUGAACCUGGAGUCAUACCUCAUGCCGUACGUGAUUUGUUCGAUAGUAUACAAGAGGAUAUGGAUCGAGAGUUUCUUUUAAGAAUGUCCUAUAUGGAGAUAUAUAAUGAGGAAAUAAAUGAUUUGCUAGCUCCUGAGCACCGAAAACUGCAGAUUCAUGAAAGUCUUGAGCGGGGAAUAUUUGUUGCUAGGUUAAAAGAAGAAAUCGUUGCCUCUCCUGAGCAAAUCCUUGAACUUAUGGAGUUCGGUAAAUCUCAUCGACAUAUUGGGGAGACGAAUAUGAAUUUGUACAGUAGCAGAUCACAUACAAUUUUUCGUAUGAUUAUUGAGAGUAAGGAGAGAAGUGAAGAUGAAGAUAGUGGCAGUUCUUGUGAUGCUAUUCGUGUAUCUGUUUUGAACUUGGUGGACCUUGCUGGUUCAGAGCGUGCUGCGAAGAUGGGUGCUGAAGGUGUUCGUUUGAAAGAAGGUUCUCACAUUAAUAAAAGCCUAAUGACACUUGGAACUGUCAUCAAGAAAUUGAGUGAAGGUGCUGAGAGUCAAGGGUAUGGAGGAGAGCCUUCAAGAACAGGACAAGAUAAACACAAGUACGUCUCAUAUGGGUUGAAUUCAAUAGUCCAUGCAAAGGCUUCUGCUGUGAAACCGAUGAGAUCUGAGCGUGAUAUGGGACCGCUUCUUCCUUUUGAAGAGCUAGUUGAUGAUGCCAGCAUGGAUAACCCCUGCAAACCAAAGGAAGAAUGCAAUAAUAACACAGUCGAAGACUGUACUCUUCCAGAUUCACGUGCUCUGUUACAUGUUACUAACCGGAAAAAAGCACCACUCAGGAAGAAAAGUUUACUUGUGGAGAACAGUGAGUUAGAAGAACUGCAAGCAGAAUAUGAAGACUUGCUUUUAAAAUUUGAAACUCAGAAGAUUAUGAGUGAGAUAGAAGUUGAUUCCUUAACGAGAAAGUUGGCCGAGGCUGAUUUAUGUCUGCAUGAGAAAUGUAAUGCCUAUUCUACAUAUCAUCUUGAUAAAAGUACUAUUCACAGGGAUGCAACCAAAAGUUUGAGGGAGUCAGAGGCUAUUCUUGUGAUUAAGCAACUCCAAGAAAAGAUUAACAUGUUAGAGGUGGAGAAGUCUUCAAGCCAACAAAAUUUGGAUUGUGUUGUUGAGUUAGCAACAGAGCAGAACAUAUGCGCCACGGAGAAGUAUGAAGAGCUUUAUGAAGAGCUUUUAAAUGCACGGGAGGAGGCUAGAAUUGCAUGCGAACAACUUACUUCUGUGGAAUCUGUCAGGACAAUUGAUGAGGACAAUUUUGACUCCACGAUCAAGCUAUUACUUGAAGUGCAAGAAAUAACAUCAGAAGUACAGAACUCAAGAAAUCUUGCUGAGAGCGUCUCUUUGAUUGUGGAUGAACUUUUCCAGAGUUUUUCUGCUAUAUUGAACCUUUUCACUGACUUCAAGUCUUUGGCAUGCGAUAACUCGAUGCAACUAAAAUCUAUUAUUAGUAACCAUGAGAGGUUGAACCACUGUAUGAAGCACAAAGUCAAUGAACUUGAGAAUGAGAAGCUUCUUUUGCACAAUCAAUCUGUGGAUCACCACAGUCAGAUUCAAGAAUUAAGUCAAAAGGUUCAAGAUUCUGACAAGGCAUUAUCUGAACUUUCCGAACAACAUGAUUUGGAAAAGUCUGAGCUCCUUUCUCAAAUUCGAACUCUUGAAAAGGAAAUAUCGUGUUUAUCAUCUUCCUCCUUGGCUAGGGAAAAGGAAAUUUUGAGAAAGGAUCUCGAGAAAACAAAAACAAAGUUGAGAGAGACUGAGUCCAAGCUUAAGAAUGCAAUCCAGGAGAAAACCAAACUUGAGGGUGAAAAAGCAUGCGCAGAGAGAGAAUUAAAAAAAUUGCAUGCCCAAAAGUUUCUCCAGCGUGAUAUCAGCAAACGGGAGUCACUUGCUGGGAGGAAGCGUGAUUCCAUUAUUGACAGGAGUUCAAAUGUGUUUGAUCCGAGAAGGGCAAAGGGUCUUUCUGUUUCCUAUGACCAGACAUUCCAGGAUGAAUACAAGAAGCUAGAAGUUCUUGCAUUUGAGAUGGAGACAACUAUUGCCUCUUUAGAAGAGGAAUUAGCAACAGCAAAUGAGGAAAAAGAAAUGGCCAUUUCUAGAAGUCAAAGUUUGGCUUCAGACCUGCAAGCUCUAUCUGACAAUUUGAACAUGUCAAACUCAAAAAUGAAUACUUUAGAGGAAGAGAUUUCAGACCUUUUGAAUUCAAUAGUCCAUGCAAAGGCUUCUGCUGUGAAACCCAUGAGACCUGAGCGUGAUAUGGGACCGCUUCUUCCUUUUGAAGAGCUAGUUGAUGAUGCCAGCAUGGAUAACCCCUGCAAACCGAAGGAAGAAUGCAAUAAUAACACAGUCGAAGACUGUACUCUUCCAGAUUCACGUGCUCUGUUACAUGUUACUAACCGGAAAAAAGCACCACUCAGGAAGAAAAGUUUACUUGUGGAGAACAAUGAGUUAGAAGAACUGCAAGCAGAAUAUGAAGACUUGCUUUUAAAAUUUGAAACUCAGAAGAUUAUGAGUGAGAUAGAAGUUGAUUCCUUAACGAGAAAGUUGGCCGAGGCUGAUUUAUGUCUGCAUGAGAAAUGUAAUGCCUAUUCUACAUAUCAUCUUGAUAAAAGUACUAUUCACAGGGAUGCAACCAAAAGUUUGAGGGAGUCAGAGGCUAUUCUUGUGAUUAAGCAACUCCAAGAAAAGAUUAACAUGUUAGAGGUGGAGAAGUCUUCAAGCCAACAAAAUUUGGAUUGUGUUGUUGAGUUAGCAACAGAGCAGAACAUAUGCGCCACGGAGAAGUAUGAAGAGCUUUAUGAAGAGCUUUUAAAUGCACGGGAGGAGGCUAGAAUUGCAUGCGAACAACUUACUUCUGUGGAAUCUGUCAGGACAAUUGAUGAGGACAAUUUUGACUCCACGAUCAAGCUAUUACUUGAAGUGCAAGAAAUAACAUCAGAAGUACAGAACUCAAGAAAUCUUGCUGAGAGCGUCUCUUUGAUUGUGGAUGAACUUUUCCAGAGUUUUUCUGCUAUAUUGAACCUUUUCACUGACUUCAAGUCUUUGGCAUGCGAUAACUCGAUGCAACUAAAAUCUAUUAUUAGUAACCAUGAGAGGUUGAACCACUGUAUGAAGCACAAAGUCAAUGAACUUGAGAAUGAGAAGCUUCUUUUGCACAAUCAAUCUGUGGAUCUCCACAGUCAGAUUCAAGAAUUAAGUCAAAAGGUUCAAGAUUCUGACAAGGCAUUAUCUGAACUUUCCGAACAACAUGAUUUGGAAAAGUCUGAGCUCCUUUCUCAAAUUCGAUGUCUCGAAAAGGAAAUAUCGUGUUUAUCAUCUUCCUCCUUGGCUAGGGAAAAGGAAAUUUUGAGAAAGGAUCUCGAGAAAACAAAAACAAAGUUGAGAGAGACUGAGUCCAAGCUUAAGAAUGCAAUCCAGGAGAAAACCAAACUUGAGGGUGAAAAAGCAUGCGCAGAGAGAGAAUUAAAAAAAUUGCAUGCCCAAAAGUCUCUCCAGCGUGAUAUCAGCAAACGGGAGUCACUUGCUGGGAGGAAGCGUGAUUCCAUUAUUGACAGGAGUUCAAAUGUGUUUGAUCCGAGAAGGGCAAAGGGUCUUUCUGUUUCCUAUGACCAGACAUUCCAGGUGAAGAAGUGGGCUUCAAUUAGACACAUUGAAACAAAGGAAUUUAUCAUGAGGGAUUGGAAGAGAAGAGACCCUUCAUUUGAUUCAUUUUUGGAAUCAUCUACACUAGAAAUCCACAUAUUCAUGACAAUUCAUGCCGAUCUACAAGUUCUCGAAAACCUGUUGAAUCAAAAACUAGUUUUUUGUUCUGGUUACAGUCCACAAUUUUGUUUUUGUUGCUUACAAAUUGGUGUCACGUGUUUUGACGAUGAAUAUUUUUUAACUUGUAAGGUGAGAAAUGUGUUAGCAUCCUGUAGAGAAGAAUGCAAGGUCCUUCAGGAAAGAUUGACAUGCUCUGAGGAAAAUUUGAAAUUGGAAAAAACCUGCAGUAUGGAGAAAUCCCUGGAGAAUGAUAGGCUAAGAAAUGAGCUUAAAGUUGCUGAUGAACAGUGUAAAAAGUCAGUAGAAGAUUUGAAGUUAAAACUACAAAUGCUUGCUUCAGAGCAUCAUCAUGCUUGCGUGGAAGUAGAGAAGCUUAAGAUGGAGUCAAGUGUGCUCAAUGAAGAAAAGGAAGAUUUGUUAAACCAAGUCAGAGAUUUACAUAAGGGAUCAGUUCUGAUAGAUGACUUCCAGAUUCUUAAAAACGAGCUUCUUAUUAUUACAAAGGAAAGGGAUAAGUUAAUGGCUCAGAUUGAAGAGCAGCAGAGCCCUGAGGUUGAAGUGGAUUUGUGUGGGGAAAAUUAUGAUGACAAUUUACUGAAGGCAAAGGCUGAGGUGGAGGAGCUGACUGGUCAGCUUUCCAGACUGGAAGCAAAAAUGCAGAGUGGUGAAGUCAGCAACAGUAUAGAAAAGGCAAAGUUUAGGAUGAGGCUGCGAGGGACACAAGCAAAGUCCAAUGCCUUUCGAAUUAGAUACGAGGAGGCAGUGAAAGAGUUGGAUGUCAUGAACAGGAAAUUUGAAGAGGCUUCCACAAAGCUCAAGGCUCAGUUGGCUUCCUAUGCUCUGGAGGUCCUCAACCUUAAGAAGCAACUAGCUGCUGUAAGGAGUCAAUAAAUGAAUCCCACUUUCUUCUUUUUAUUUUUAUUUUUAUUUUUGUGGUCUCUAUAUUUGUAGGUCAGAAUAUUUAUGGUGAUCACGAAAUGCAUAGUAUUGUUGGGAAGGUUUUGUAAAUUAAAUUAGUUUUUGUUUUUUGGCUGCAAGUCGUGCUAAUGAAAUUUGUAAAAAUGAUGCUUCUGGUAUGAAUGGUAAUUUCACAUCCAAUGGUCGUAGCAACACCCAUUGCCAUUGGUCAAGUUUCAUUCGCAGAUGAGAUUGGGAUUGGAUUAACGCCCAAACUUAUUCUGCCUUUGGUGGAUUUUUUUUUUAAGACAUUCGUAGGAUUAAAGAAUGUGAUUCCAAUUACAUCCA